UGCUGGGCGGAGAGACAGCGUACAUCCCAGGCAUGGAGAGAGGAGGGAGUUGGAGGAGAAGCACAUAUCCCCCGGUUCGGGACAGGAGCGCACACACCCGAUAUCGUGAUAGGACCUGCAUAGGGACAGAAGCGCACAUCUCCGUUAUUGGGAGAACAGCAGCAGCAGGACAGGAGCGCACAUCCCCAGGACAGGACAGGAGCGCACACCCCCAGGACGGGACAGGAGCGCACAUCCCCGCACCGAGAGAGCAGCGCACGGAGCGUCGCAGUCAAAUUGCUGUUUGGGGAGCCGAAUUGACCAGCUCUCGGCAGCCGGAGUGGACUUUGCUUCUCUGAUAAUCUGCAGGCAGUGCCAUUUUUUCCAGCUGGGUAUAUUAUUGUCGUGAUUGCCUCACUUCCUAAGUUCAGCUUUUGUAGGCUGAGUUUGGGACUCUGCGCCCGGCGUCUACAUCCAGUUUUCCCUGCAAUCGCAGACUAUAAUACACCAUGCCGCGGUCUUUUCUCGUUAAGAAAUAUUUCACCAGCAAAAAACCAAAUUAUAGCGAGCUGGAGAGCCAAACUGGUUACCUCCCCGCAACUCCCCCCGUGGAGCACUCUGCGGUGGGACUGGUGUGGAACCUGAGCAUCCUUCCGGCCCCCACCAUAGGCGCCUCGCCCUCGGGGCCUCUCGACCUCAGUUCCCCCUCCAGCAGCAGCAGCAGUGGGGAAGAGGAGGAUGAGGGCCGCACAUCUGACCCCCCCAGUCCGGAGCCGGCCCGUCGUAGGCCCCUCCGCACCCCCCAGCACCCAGCCUCCACCGUGGAUGACACUCCUGCGGCUGCCUCCCCCCGUGUGCCACUGCGGUGCAAACACUGCCCCAAGGAGUACAGCAGUCUGGGGGCGCUGAAGAUGCACAUCCGCUCACACACCCUGCCGUGCGUGUGUCCCACCUGCGGCAAAGCCUUCUCCCGGCCCUGGCUACUGCGGGGCCACAUCCGCACCCACACCGGUGAGCGCCCAUUCUCCUGCCCCCACUGCAGCCGCGCCUUCGCCGACCGCUCCAACCUGCGUGCCCACCUGCAGACACAUGCCGACGUGAAGCGGUACCAGUGUAGCGCCUGCGCACGUACCUUCAGCCGCAUCUCCCUGCUGCACAAGCAUUCCGUCUCUGGCUGCGGCCCCGUCUCCAUGUGAGCGGCACUGGAGCCCGUGGGGGGGGGGGGUGCUUUGUUCUCCAAAUUCUCCAUCACGCCCUGGACACCUGACCGCACCCCCCCAGCAGAGAACUCUGGGGGGGCUGGACUUCCUCCUGGGGAACAUUGGUUCAGCCAUUGUUAGCCAUGUGUUUGAGGAGCGCUGCACACCCACACACUCGCAUGAUGGUGUAUGGGGGGGGGGGCUGGGGGGGUGCAGACUCUCUCAGGAAUGUGUUGGGACAGCUGCGCUGGUGUGGACAUGUGCACAAAUGCCCACCUUCACUGUGACGACAGGUGAUUUCCUCUCCUGGUGGCCAACAUGGAUGAGGCAGCCUGCGCUGAGGAGGGUGGGGGGGGGGGGGGGUAUAGGGGCAGCUGAUGCCAGUUGCCAUUUUCUGAGGGGCCUCUGUACACCUUGGUGCCCCUGCAGUGUAUCUCGGUGUGUAUUCCCAGCCUGUAGCAGGACAGCGUCAGCCUCGCACCUGGACCACGCGGCCUUCUCGUGUAAACAGGCCCGGAUCCCGGAUCCCGGAUCAGAAGGCAGAUGUGCUCGUGCUCCUUUGCUGCCGGAGCCCAGCUGCCCUGUAAGGGGACCAGCAUCUGUGUUGAUGGGUAAUGAAAGGAAGGAGAAGUAAAUUAGUUUCAGGGACACAACUCUAUGAAAAGCUCAGUGUUCCAGAGCCUCACAUGUAUUUUUUGUAAUCUUGGCCUGUUCUCUUUGAAUGAGAUUCCAGAUGUUUUUAACUCCUCUCUCCUGUUCCUUGGGGGAUGAGACAUUUUUGUAAAAUGCUUAUGCAGUUUCACUUUGCGUUUUUACCAACUUAUUUUAUGGUCCUUUGUAUUUCGUAUGAAUUAAAAAGCAACAAAUUAUUACA